AUGUUCGUCACCGGCCAUCCCACAACAAUGACUUUUUCACCGCUCAAGCAUCUGAGAAGAUUUUCAUCGCACUCCGACUCACCACCACCGAAAUCGCCAGUGGACACUUUGAACGAUCCACUUUGUUGUCAACUUCAACUGAUCACUGCUCUGCAAGGUGCUGAGUUCGACGAUACGGCCAGGCAUUCGCUAGCAAUGACCAUAGCAAAAAUGCAGGCCGCUAAAAGGACUGCCCUUAUUCAAUUUAUAACUCAGGGGUAUUUAGUUUCAGCACUCAUGUCAACAUCCCAAAAGGAUGAUCCAAUAGCACUGAGUGCACCAAUGGCUAUUGGAUGGCAAAGUGCUAUCCCGGCUGCAAUGGAGAACAACGCUUGUAAAGCGUUCGAAUGUGCCACCUCGGAUCUGGACACUAUUUUAGAUGAACACAAUGUUACGGCUCUGUCGGACCUUUGGCAUAAAACGCAUACUCAGAUCAUACCAACUUUGCAAGCCAUGUUAUAUCCAUUGCAGGAUAUCUAG